AUGCGGUCUGCAGCUGGCUUAGGCGAGUUCCGGCCACCCUCGCAGACCAUAAGCCCUGGAGAAUUGCAAAUGGGCCAGAAGAAAAUCAAAACACAAGAGUUGGAAAACUUUCACGUGACAGGCUUUGAAGCAGAAGGCAUGAAGCUACCUCGGCGGAACCAUUUCAUUUAUUACCCUCGAGAAUUGCGUUUACGGGUUUAUGAUCGAGGUGUGCUAUCGGAUUUCCCUUCACCGAUAAGGGAUUCAAACGGCAUUCCGAGUUGGUGGCUACUCGACGGUGGCUCUUUAGUCCCUGUAUUAGCACUUGGUCUGGAAAAAGGUGACUCUUUGCUGGACGUUUGUGCUGCUCCUGGAGGCAAGAGCUUGCUCUCAAUGCUAACGAAACUGCCUAGCAAAGUGGUAUGUAAUGACUUCAAACUGGCUAGACUUGGACAGCUAAAGCGAGCUCUAUCAACGUACAUUCCUGUGGGCAAUCCUGCCGCGGACACGGUGAUUUUAAAACGACAAGAUGCCAGCAAUUUGGCGACGUGGGGUGAAAUUAACACCUACGACAAGGUGCUGGUAGAUGUCCCGUGUUCAACAGAUCGGCUAGCUGUAAAUCAAGAUGAAGGAAAUAUGUAUUCUCCUCAGAUGACUAACGAACGUCUUAACUUGCCGCAGCUACAGACGAAGAUUUUAAUGUGA